AUGAGCUUCCUGGACUCCUUGAAGUCUGCCAAGACAGAGGACAUCUCGAAAGGCCUGCAGGAACUGUCGGCAGAUGAUCGGCAGAAGGUCUUGGAGGCGCUGAAGCAGCUAGAAGCCGAAGCCUUCAAAUCCAUCGCGGGCUCCUUCAGCUGCUCCGGUGGAGAUGGCGACUGGGGCGACUACUCCAUGCAGGUCAGCGUGGGCGCGGAUGGUGGCGGAAGAAUCAAGGAGGUUCGUUGCACUUUCCGUGACAGCCCCGAGGAGACGGAGAUCUGGUAUGGCACCUUCAGCUACAAUGGCGACCUUCUCACCUUCAACGGCACUGAAGUCGAGACGGAAUCCAGCGGAGCUGGAGGCGUGCACAAGGAGCCGAAGCAGCCGGGCAAGAAGGCCUUCUACUUCAAGACGGGCGAGGGGAAGACCUUAGUCCAAUGCAGUGCCGAGGGUGAAGAACACGAGAUGCCUUUCAGGGAUGGCAAGAAGAUCCUCAAGUGA